AUGUCACCUGCGGGCUGGGCAGGGGCGCGCGGAGCCGGCUCCCAUUGUGGGCAGGGCGCCGCGGCGGGCGGGCGGCUCGCGAUGUCCGCGCGCUGCAGGAUUUAGUAGCUAGAAGGAAGGGACACGGAGGAGCUUGGCGAUGGCCCCAAGGAAAAGAAGCGGGCGAGGCAUUUCCUUCAUCUUCUGCUGCUUCCGAAGUAGCGACCAUCCGGAGAUCACCUACCGGCUUCGCAAUGACAGCAACUUUGCCCUGCAGACCAUGGAGCCCGCCUUGCCAAUGCCCCCCGGGGAGGAGCUGGAUGUCAUGUUCAGCGAGCUUGUGGAUGAACUUGACCUCACAGACAAACACCGAGAAGCCAUGUUUGCACUUCCGGCAGAAAAGAAAUGGCAGAUCUACUGCAGUAAGAAAAAAGACCAGGAAGAAAACAAAGGAGCAACCAGCUGGCCUGAGUUUUACAUUGAUCAGCUAAAUUCAAUGGCUGCUAGAAAAUCGCUAAUCGCUUUGGAAAAAGAAGAUGAGGAGGAGAGAAAUAAAACCAUAGAAAGUCUGAAGACCGCACUGAGGACGAAACCAAUGAGGUUUGUAACCAGAUUCAUCGACCUGGACGGCUUGUCGUGUAUCCUAAACUUCCUAAAAAGCAUGGACUAUGAGACCGCCGAGUCUCGUAUACAUACCUCGCUCAUUGGAUGCAUAAAAGCACUAAUGAACAACUCUCUGGGGCGGGCCCACGUCCUGGCCCACUCGGAGAGUAUCAAUGUAAUCGCUCAGAGUCUGAGCACGGAGAACAUUAAGACGAAGGUGGCAGUGCUGGAAAUCAUGGGCGCUGUGUGCCUGGUUCCCGGGGGCCACAAAAAGGUACUGGAGGCCAUGCUGCACUACCAGAAAUACGCCAGCGAAAGGACCCGCUUUCAGACCCUGAUCAAUGACUUGGAUAAAAGUACGGGAAGGUAUCGGGAUGAAGUGAGCCUGAAGACAGCUAUCAUGUCCUUCAUUAAUGCCGUCCUGAGCCAAGGGGCAGGCGUGGAAAGCCUGGAUUUCAGACUCCAUCUUCGAUACGAGUUUCUAAUGCUGGGAAUUCAGCCCGUCAUCGAUAAGCUAAGGGAGCAUGAAAAUUCAACGCUAGACAGGCAUUUAGAUUUUUUUGAAAUGCUUAGAAAUGAAGAUGAACUGGAAUUUGCAAAAAGAUUUGAACUGGUUCACAUAGAUACCAAAAGUGCAACUCAGAUGUUUGAACUUACGAGAAAGAGGCUGACUCACACAGAAGCAUACCCGCACUUUAUGUCUAUCCUUCACCACUGUCUCCAAAUGCCUUAUAAAAGAAGUGGUAACACUGUCCAGUACUGGCUACUGCUUGAUAGGAUUGUACAGCAAAUUGUCAUACAGAGUGACAAAGGGCAGGACCCCGACGCCACUCCCUUGGAGAACUUUAAUAUUAAGAACGUCGUCCGAAUGCUGGUUAAUGAAAAUGAAGUUAAGCUGUGGAAAGAGCAAGCAGAAAAAAUGCGAAAAGAACACUACGAGCUUCUGCAGAAGUUGGAAAAAAAGGAACGAGAGUGCGAUGCCAAGGCGCAGGAGAAGGAGGAGAUGAUGCUGACCUUAAACAAGAUGAAAGAGAAACUUGAAAAAGAGUCGACAGAGCACAAGCAAGUCAAGCAACAGGUGGCAGACCUCACAGCACAGCUCCACGAGCUCAACCGGAGAGCCAUCUGCGCUGCCAUUCCGGGAGGGCCAUCUCUACCCCCUGGAGCUCCUGGUGGCCCCUUACCGCCUUUGGCUCCCGGGUCCAUGCUUCCCCCACCUCCCCCACCCCUUCUGCCUGGUGGUAUUCUCCCACCUCCUCCUCCACCACCUCCUCCUCCUGGGGGUCCACCCCCUCCGCCUGGUCCCCCUCCCCUCGGAGGGAUAACCCCACCUCCGGGGGCUCCGCUGGGCUUGGCCCUCAAGAAGAAAAACAUUCCUCAGCCAACAAACGCCCUGAAAUCCUUCAACUGGUCUAAGCUGCCCGAGAACAAGUUGUCGGGGACCGUGUGGGCCGACAUUGAUGAUGCAAAAGUGUUUAAAGUCCUAGAUCUGGAAGACCUGGAACGGACGUUCUCUGCUUACCAAAGACAGCAGGACUUCUUUGUGAACAGUAACUCCAAACAGAAAGAAGAUGCCAUUGAUGACACGCUGAGCUCCAGACAUAAAGUCAAGGAGCUUUCCGUCAUAGAUGGCCGGAGAGCCCAAAACUGCAAUAUCCUUCUCUCAAGGCUGAAAUUAUCCAAUGAUGAAAUCAAACGUGCAAUUUUAACAAUGGAUGAACAAGAGGACCUACCAAAGGACAUGCUGGAACAGCUCUUGAAAUUUGUUCCUGAAAAAGGUGACAUUGACCUCCUGGAAGAGCACAAGCAUGAGCUGGAUCGCAUGGCCAAAGCUGACCGGUUCCUCUUCGAAAUGAGCAGGAUAAAUCAUUAUCAGCAAAGGCUGCAGUCCCUGUAUUUUAAAAAGAAGUUUGCAGAGAGAGUUGCAGAAGUCAAGCCCAAGGUUGAUGCCAUCCGUGCUGGUUCCAAGGCAGUGCUUCAUAGCAAGAGCCUGAAGCAGUUGUUGGAGGUGGUUCUGGCCUUUGGAAACUACAUGAAUAAAGGCCAGCGAGGCAAUGCGUACGGGUUCAAAAUCGCCAGCCUAAACAAGAUUGCAGACACAAAGUCCAGCAUUGACAAGAACAUUACCCUCUUGCACUAUCUCAUAACUAUAGUUGAAAAGAAAUAUCCCAAAGUCCUCAGUCUUCAUGAAGAACUGCGAGAAAUCCCUCAAGCAGCCAAAGUAAACAUGACCGAGCUGGAGAAAGAAAUAAACACCUUGAGGAGCGGGCUGCGAGCUGUGGAGACCGAGCUGGAAUUUCAGAAAUCUCAGGUCUUGCAACCAGGAGACAAGUUUGUGUCCGUCGUCAGCCAGUUCAUCACGUUAGCCAGUUUCAGCUUCUCUGACGUGGAAGAUCUUCUGUUGGAAGCAAAGGAGUUGUUUACCAAGGCAGUGAAGUACUUUGGAGAAGAGAUGGACAAAAUGCAACCAGAUGAGUUCUUUGGGAUCUUUGACCAGUUUCUUCAAGCUGUGACGGAGGCCAAGCAAGAGAAUGAAAACAUGAGGAAAAGGAAGGAGGAAGAGGAGCGCCGGAUGCGCAUGGAAGCACAGCUCAAAGAGCAGCGCGAGCGGGAACGCAAGGCCAGAAAGGCUAAAGAAAACAGCGAGGAAGGCGGCGAGUUUGACGACCUCGUUUCGGCCUUGAGGUCAGGCGAAGUUUUCGACAAAGACCUUUCGAAGCUGAAACGAAACCGCAAGCGCAUCACCAACCAGCUGACGGACAGCAGCCGCGAGAGGCCCGUCACGAAACUCAACUUCUGAUUCUUCCUGGGUUGUUUUUUUUUUGUUGUUCUUGGUUUUUUUAAACAAAAACUGUUUUAGAAAACUGAUUAGCGGUCUCUUUGAAGUGGCUAGGAUUUUUCAUUAUACUGCCUUGUCCUUCAGGCCGGAGCAGUGGCGCGUCCUGUUCUCCGAGUGAAUAAGCAUCUGUAUAUAUGUACUGUACAUAUAAAAAGUCUGACCGUUCGUGUGUGCGUGUGUGUGGAGAGACAAGUGUGCGGGUGGGAGGGUGGGGGGAGCGAGUGUGCCAAGCUGCACUGUGUGUGUGUCCUGCGCACACACACAGCCGCUUGUUACAGAGCACGGAUUCCAUUUCCUUCCCAUUGACCAUGUUGUUCCCAAAGUAGUUGUUCAGGUGCACAAGCACAAUGUUGUGUUAUUGGGGAAACGGUUGGCAAAACCCAUUCCUCGCGGUAAAGAAAGGUAUUGAGAAGUGUUCUUUAGUUGAUCCCCUUUGGGAGUUCUUUAUUGUGGGGUACGUUGAUGCCGGGGAGGGGGCGCAACGCAAACGGCAUCACUGUUUGACCGGCGAUGGUGUUGGCGCAGGUCCGUGGGCCUAGCCGGGCGUGUGUGGUGUCGGUGUGGGGGCGCAGCAUGUAAAAGUCUGCUAGGGAGGCCUUGCACGCAAUCUGAACCGUGUUUUUCAAAAGUCAAGUGAAAACAAUCCAUCUCUCCUUUUUUUAUUAUUAUUGUUCUUCAGAACUUGAACAUCUGUGCGUUUGUGCUGAGUCCAGCGCGCUCGCACCGUCGGCUCUCUUGAUAAUUCCUCUCCCAUUGUUUUUGGGAAGCGCUGUAUUUCUCUUACUGCAACCCCUGAUCUCACUGAAGACCGAGUCGACCAGAAUGUGCUUAUUGCUCCAAGAAUACACAGACAUUUAUACUUUUAUAACAUUUUCUUGCCCAAGACAAAUGAGAAGUGGGAGCGGGGUGGUUUUCUGCCUGCGAUAAAAAAGCAGAAUUUUUGCGUGUGUGUGUUGUAAUUCUUUCCUUUUUCGUUCAAUGGGACAAACUGUAUCCUCUGUAUAUGUAGAUCAGAACUGAAGGUCACUUAAUUCGUGCACGAGGGCUCGAUCCAAAACCCGUUGAGGUCAAAGAAAAGACCCGCGUAAGCUGCAGUGGGUUUUGAAUCAGGCCGCCUCAUUUUUAACGGACACACAGUAGCAACGAUGCCAAGAAAUAUUUGUCGCUUGACGACGUGCUUUUUUUGAGUGGUUUGCUGUUUAUACGGUCAUUUAAAAUUUGUAAGCAAAACUACCUGUAUAACGUCAGUCCAAAAAUUCCAAAGCUCUCAGGGAGUAAUAAUUAAUACAGAAGAAAAAAAGUUAAAAAAAAAAAUUGGAAAAUAAAAAAAAAAUGCCAUUAACAUAGUAACGCUUUAUAUAAAUUAUACAGAAUAUAUAGAGGACUGUUACUUUUUUGUUUUUAUUUAUUUGUGGUGUUUUUUUUAAAGAAAAAACAAAACCUUUUGAUACCACCAGUGCUUUUGUUCUUUUUCCUGUGGAGAGAUUAGUUUGUCCCUGUUGCACUAGAUAGUAACACUAUUUGAAAUAAGUUUGUCAUAUAAUCGGUAUUCCUGGUGGGAAUGGCUUGUCAUUUUUUUCCUGUAUGUAGUGUAUAGCAAACAUGCUGUUUAAAAUAAUUUGUAUAAAAAAAAAAAAAAAAUGGUCCUUAGCAUCUGGAGCCCAGGGGUCUCCGUGCUUUGUAAAAGCUGUGAAAUAUCACUCUAAAAAUUAGAGUUGUCAAGAGCUGUGGUUUUACCAUUUUGUUUUUCCUCAUUGCAACUCUCGACGCACUGUAUUUAAAAAAAAAAAAAAAAAAAGACUUGAUGACUAGCGUAUAAAGCAGUAAUAAGGCUCGAUAAAGUCCUGCACCUAGUCUCAAAGCAUCUGCAAAACCUGUAAAUUUGAAAUAGGUAGAGUGAAGCACUUUGCUUUAAGAAGAUGGGGGUGAAAAAAAAGAAAAAGGUAACGAUGAUAAGUCUGUUCCUUAACUAAAGUGCCUCUAUUUAUAUUUUUAUUUAUGGCUGAAGAAAUUGGAGCUGAUGCGAUUUAGGGAAUGGACAUUUGGGGGCAAAAAAAAAAAAAAAAAGUUUUGCUUUUGCCAAUUUAAGGAAUGAUUGGUGUAGGUGGAACUGCUGCAUUUGGGAUUUGAAAAGACAUGGACCCCCCAAGCCCUGUAUUGGCUAAUCUUCCCGGGACCCCUGGAGCAGGCGGAGUGCCAGGAGACCCUAGUCAGGGCAGAUGCCAGUGCCAGAACGGGGUCUUGGUUGAUAACGUUCCUCUUGCCCUUCCAGGACCCUUCUUGUUUUACCUUGGUCUCAUUAUUGGGCUGUAUUUGCCAUUUUUUGUUUUAUUUUGUUUUUUGUUCCUCCCCCCCAAAAGGCUGUGUGCAGGAAACUCCAUGUGCCAUUGUCAAAAAAAAAUACUUUUAGAUUGGUGCUGGUUUAAGUAGCCACUCUUUUCUCUUAGGUGUGUAUUUUAAUUUUUUUUUUUUUUUUUUUUAAUAAUGCCAAAAAGGAGAAAAAAAAUCCGUAAGAAUUUGUAAACUGAAGUAUAUGUUAUGGACCUUAUUAGCUUAGUAGUGGAGCAAGUUAGCUGUGUAGGUGUAAGACUGUUAGUAGUUUAGCUAGCGGGACAUGCCGUGUAUGUUAUGAGACUGUACAUUUUUUUAAGAUGGCAAUAUGCAAUAAAGAGAGAGAACUCCAUGGCGUGUA